AUGGAUUCUCGUGGCGCAUUCGCUGCCGACAACGCGGCCAGUGACUAUCACGAUGACUCCAACUUCGAGACUGCGGUAGAUGGUAGGAUUGAAAUGGCUCAGGAAGAGAUCGAUGCGAUUAUCAGGAACAAGAGAAAGGUCAGAGAUCCAAAGGCCUGCUACGCUUGUCACCGGCGCAAGGUCAAAUGUGACCGUAACCUACCCUGCGAUUCAUGUGUCAAACGAGACCACCCGGAGCUAUGUUCAUAUGAACGCCCUACGAAAAAGCGCCGCAUUGCUCUCGCCAGCGGCCUGAACCACCCUGAGGGCGGUGUGUCCGACAAUCAUGACCCUCUGCUGCAAAGCGGCCAAUAUGUCACGGUAGCGCGUGAACAGUGGGAAAUCAUGAAUCGGGAACUGCAGCGUCUACGUGGCGCCACCAAAACAGAGUCGGUCUCUCCUGCGGCAAUUCAACCAGAUAUCGACGAUGCCAAUCUACCAGGCACACAUAGUCGAUCCGACGACGCUGAGAGAGAAGGGAUCCACGCCCCCAGUAACCAGAUGGGUAUGAUGCAUCUGGGUUCGAGGUCGGUUCUUGCAUACAUGAUGGGUCUAGGAAGAAGCCAAUCUGCUCAAGAUACUGCCCGGUCUCUCCUGGAGGAGAACAUCCUCCCUCAGUUGGGCUUGGACAAUGAGAGCGCCACCUACCCAUUCGUCGAUCUAUGGAGCACUGCCUCAAGCAUGCAAGAUGUCAGCGGCCUCUGUAAAGCCAUUCCUGACGACGAUCUUUCUGCCUUAUUAACACUGCACAGGUUUUUCGUCGCUUACCGAGACGUCGCCUGUACCAUGUACCCCGUAGUGCCUGACACGGCCAGUUUCGAGGAUACCCUGAUCUUCAUGCUCUCCAACCGGGCUCGAGCCUUGCGCGACAAUCUCGAACUCGACCCCAACAAGCCGUACGGCGUUUCCUUGCCCUGGCUGUCUCUGGUGUUUGCGGUGUUUGCGUCUGGAUCUCAGUCAUCGGCGAGACCCGCAAAAGAGAGAGAGCUUACGUCGCAGGUCUACGUGUGCUGCUCCUAUCAAGCACUUCGAAUGUCCAACUUCCUGACCCAUCCAUGCCUGGAGACAAUCGAGGCCUCGUUGAUCAUUGGAAAUGUCCUCUCCUACAACAUGAAUCCUGGGGUCGCCUACAUCUUCCUCGGCAUGACACUCCGGAUGGCAUUCUCGAUCGGAUUGCAGAUCAAUUCUAAUCAUUUCACGGAGGCUGAACAGUGGACGCGUCGCCGGAUCUGGUGGGCACUCGCCUGGCAGGAUUCUCACUUUGCUGUGAGCUACGAUCGGCCAACAUCCAGUGUUUUGUGUAUUCCGGACAUCCCAUAUGGAAAGUUCAGCUCGCCAGGAGACCGGAGCUAUGCAGAAACCAUGUUUGGCAUCAUUCGACUGACUCAGGAAAUUGUGCGAGAACGUCUUCUCCAUCCUCGCUCUUACCUGACAUGGGAGAGAAUCCGGAAAUACACCCAAGAAAUAUCCGACAUCGUUUCGCAAGGCGCGGUCCACCUUCGAGAACGCAGUCAGUGCCACAGUAUGACCCAGCAUCUUGAACGACUGGCGUUAAAACUUCACUGCUCCUAUCUCUCCAGUGAGUUAUGUCGUCCAGCGUUGAAGGAACCGCCCCCGUCGACUUCGGAGGGAGCCAACCUCUCCAACUUGACCCCGACUCAGUCGCCCCCUGGAGGCCGUCGAAAGGCUUUACAGACCUCGACCCAGUCCCCUGGCUCGACUGCGCUCGACACAACCACUCGAGCGCAAUUCCGGCGGCAGUGUGUCGAAAAUCUGGAGGCAGCCGUUGCAUCAUACGUCGAAUUGCAUGCAACAAACAGAUUUGCCUCACGAUCAUGGAUCGCUAUUCAACGCGCCAUCUCGGCCGCUUUUCUCCUGGGUACUCUACCGGAGACCGGGCACGAUCCACAGCGGCUAUCCUUGCUUCGUGAUCUUGAACAAGUCAUCGCCCAACGGACAUCGGAAGAUCCUUCUUUUGAUUUGCAAUCACAGGACGGUCCAAUGCACCGAGCUGUAUUAGGUUCUGAACCGCCACUCGCUGAUUCGCCUCAUUGGGCUCGGAGCAUGGCAAAGUCGCUCAACGCGCUAGGCAAGUUGAACGCAGCUCUUGCCGGGCCCAAAUCCAAGCCGAACCCGAAUCCGAACGCGAAAUAUCAGAGUUUAUUCGCGUCGAAUACGAAUGGACAAAGCAACUCAGGAAGUGUGUACACGGGAAUUCCGGCGACCACAAGCCCGACACAGACACAGGCACAACUCAGCUCACGUUCCCAGUAUCCCACCUUGUCCACCCUCAAGCAGGAGCCGUUCUCGCCAGCCCUAGGCACAAGUGGGAUUCUUGGCACCGGUGCAGGCAUCAAUUCGGGGGUCGGGAUGGGUCCAAUCACUCCCGACAGUACUGGAUCUUCGGGCGAUUGGAACUAUGGCAACAUACACGAGCGGGCGGCGGAGUAUGUUCAGGCGCCGCUCUGGGGGGAUAGCAAUCUGGGUGGAUUUGCGAUUUAG